AAAGAAAAAGAGUAUUUCAACAUGUCCUGUCCUGUUUGAACAUGGACAGAAGCAGAAAGCUUCUCCCAGAUUUUGUGAGGCAGUUUUCCAUGGAUCGAAGCUGUGAGUGGACACCCGAAACUCCCGGGGACUUAGCUUGGAAUUUCCUGAUGAAAGUUCAGGCGUUAGACUUGACAGCCAGAGAUUUUAUCUUUAGACGAAAGAUGGUGGAUGAAGAGAACAAAGAGGAAGUUCUGGCUGGAAUAGAGAAUUUAGAAGUUGGAGACCUACAAACCAUCAACCCCCUUGAUGUCCUUUGUGCUUGCAUGCUUUGUUCAGAUAGCUCUUUGCAACGUGAAGUCAUAUCAAACAUGUACAGAUGCCUGUUUGCCCUUCCCCUGCUACUGCCAGAUGCAGAAAACAACAAAAGCAUCUUAAUGAUGGAGGCCAUGAAAGACUUAAGGUGCCCCCCAGUGCAGUCCUCGGGAGGGCCCCCGAGGACUGCAUUUCUGAGUCUCAUGAAGAUGCCCGUCAUCUCUUUUGUGCGACUAGGGCACUGCAGCAUCUCCAAGUCCAGAAUCCUUAAUGCUCUGCUCAGCUCCUCCCGAGAGAAACCACACAAAAUUUUUCUCCAUCAGGACCCGUCUGCUCCUGUGCUUCCUCGGCAGAUUUCUGAUGGCCUCGUAGAGGUUACAUGGUGUUUUCCUGACAGCCAGGAACGAAAGGAAAGCCUUCAUGUUUUCCAGAAACCUGUCGCUGUGGCCAACCUUCGUGGUGAUCUAGAAAGCUUUUGGAUGCAAUUUGGUUUUCUGGUGGAAGUUUCCUCAGCCGUGUUCUUCUUUACUGACUUCCUUGGUGAGAAGGAAUGGGAACUGCUAAUGUUUUUAGGAGAAGAUGCCAUUGAGAAGUGCUACUUUGUCCUCAGUCCCCAGGCCAAGGAGAGUGAAGAGGCUCAGGUUUUCCAAAGGAUCCUGAAGCUGAAGCCAUCACAGCUACUGUUUUGGGAAGUAGAGGAAGCUGGGGAUAGAAGGAAGACUAUGGAGGGCCUGCAAGCUGCUCUCCAGGAAGUAAUGUCCUCUUCACUCCGAUGUGUGUCCCUAGAAGAUAUGGCCUCUCUGGCCAGGGAGUUGGGGAUUCAGGUAGACCAAGACUUUGAAACCACUCAGGAUGUUCAGGCUGUUGCAACAGCAGUUGAAGGUGAGAACCAACAGCCUCAUAGUCAGACAAAAAGCCCAUCUGAAAGCCGAGCUCAGAAGCCAGUCAGAGAGCCUGGGGCUCAAAGUGAGGUCAGCCAGAAUAUUCAGAAUUUUCACCAGACUCCAGUGUACAUGCCUUCUCCAGUACACCCAUGGCCCUUGCCUAUCAGGGCCAGGAGUAACUUUUACCAUGUUUCCUUGAAAGCCCCCUGGGUUAUGAGCCCCCACUUCGGACCACAGCAGAGGGCUAAGUGGUUCUCUUCUUUACCCAAUCAGAAUAUAAGAUUUCACAGUGGAGGGAAAAACUUCUGUAUUCAGUACUUUCAACCCUGGAGAUUUUAUGCAGGGGAAAGGUUCAUGAAGUUUCCUGGAACUUCUCGGGGGUACUGCUUGAGUGGAACAUCUGGGAAAUCAGAAAGACAGACUCUUCAUGUACGGACCCACCUUGAGAGCUUACAGACAGUGAGAACUCCUCAAAAGUCUGGGAGAGUGGCCUCUCAGGUAGGUCAUUCACAAGCAAUAAAAGCAGCAGGGAAACCCCAGCCAGUGAAAGCCUGUGCCCAGGUGAUGCAGCUGACUGAAGCAAGGGGAAAAUACAUGAGGGCAUCAUCUCAUAUUAAAUAUUCUCACCCUCAGACCAGUCAGCUCGCAGGAGCCAUUCAAGAACGAACAAUGCUUGCUUCUCAAGGAUCCCAACGGAUAACACAGGGAAGACCUUCAGAUCCAGCUUUUCAACCAGCAUCUCAGUCCACAUCUGGGACAAAACUUUCAUCUACCUCCCAGUUCAACUCCCAUCAACCCAUAUUCCAGAUCAAAUACUUCCAGCCUAAGCCCUCUCAACCUGUACCUUCUCAGAAAAAAAUGUCUCACCCCCAGUCCUCCCAAGCUAAACCCACUCAUCCCCAGGUCUCCAAAACUAAACCCACCCAUCUACAGCCCUCCCAAGCUAAACCUGCCCAUCCUCAGCCCUCCCAUGCUAAAUUCACUCACCCCCGGUCCUCCCAAGCUAAAACCACUCACCCCCAGGCCUCCCAAGCUAAACCCACU